UUGUUCAUCAUCUUCAGUUGCGGUUUGCCCUUUUUUAUUCCUCCAACAGAGAGUUAUUGUCUGCUCUCUAUCACACUCUUUUUAAACUCAGGUUCAUCACGCCAAUUACUCUCGUUUUUUGAUAUAUAUAUAUCCCUUCUUGUUUUACUUUCGUCAGUGCGCAUUAGAGAUAAAACCGCAAAGAUGAAGUACUCGAUUCUGGCUGCCUCUUUGGCUGCUAGCGCUUUCGCCAGCCCUUCUCACAACCAUCACCACCACCACCACGCGAAGAAGGCGGCUGCUGCCAAGGUCGAGAAGCGAGACGCAAGCGUUGUCACCACCGUCGUCGUCGGCCCAACCGCCACCCAGUACGUGCUCGAUGGCAAGCCCGUUGACGCUGCCGCGGCCAAGGACGGUCUGGCCAAGGGCGAAUACGUUGUCGUCGGAGAGACCCAGCCAACUUACGUCCCCCCGCCGCCGCCUCCUCCUGCUCCUCCUGCGCCCUCCAGCACCGCUGGCGACAUGAAGGCCCAGUUCAUUGAAGAGGCCGUUUCCUCGUCAGCUCCCGCGUCGACUUCGACCACUGCUCCCCCGCCACCGCCCACGACCUCGGCCCAGCCCACGACCAGCCAGGCGGCUCCUCCCAAGUCCUCGGCCCCUGCCCAGCAGCCCUCUGGUGGUACCGGAUUGACCGCCAACUUCCCCAGCGGAAAGAUCCCUUGCUCCGAGUUCCCGUCCGACUACGGCGCGGUGGCCCUGGACUACCUGGGCACCAAAGGCUGGUCUGGUAUCCAGUAUGUGCCUGAUUAUACUCUGGCUUCCGAAGUCAUCAACGAGAUUAUCACUGCGGUUUCUGGCCAGGGCUGCAAGCCAAAUGCUAUGUGCUCUUAUGCUUGCCCUCCUGGUUACCAGAAGACUCAGUGGCCCAGCGCUCAGGGCUCUACCCUGGAGUCCAUUGGUGGCCUCUACUGCAAUGCGGAUGGAAUGCUCGAACUCACUCGCCCCUCGCACCCCACGCUUUGCCAGCAAGGUGCUGGUGGUGUGACCGUCAAGAACGAUCUCGAUGAUUCCGUUUGCACUUGCCGUACCGACUACCCUGGUAUUGAGAGCAUGGUCAUUCCCGCAUGUGCCACCGCUGGCGAAUCCAUUCCCAUCACCAACCCCAUUGAGUCCGACUACUAUGUCUGGGACAACAAGCAGACCUCUGCCCAGUACUACAUCAACAAGAAGGGUUACUCAGUCGCCGACUCUUGCGUCUGGACCAGCGCUCUCGAUAAGACGGGUGCUGGCAACUGGGCUCCUGUCAACCUCGGUGUUGGCCAGACUUCCGAUGGCACCACUUGGCUUUCCAUCUUCCAGAACCUGCCCACCAGCACUGCCCUGCUGGACUUCAACAUUGAGAUUACCGGCGAUGUCAGCAGCAAGUGCUCAUACGUCAACGGCGUGUGGACCGGCGGUAGCAAUGGUUGCACGACCUCGAUGCCCAAGGGCGGUAACGCUAUCGUUCGAUACUUUUAAGACGACGGCUCCGGGAUGAAUCUUGUUGAAAUAUUCUCCAGUACUUAUAAUUAGAUAUUCGUGUGCAUAUUACUUGUGCGGAGCACGUGGUGGGAGGUAAUCUGGGCCGUUUUUGUCGUGCGACGACCAACUUGGUUCGAAGUCUGUAUAGAUGGAAGGGGGACGAACUCGCGAUACCAGGAGGGCCAUUGAAAGCAUCAUUCGGCCUUCCACUAGUGCACUUGCGCCUCUCUUCUGCUGUCCCUGGCUGCAUGCCCGCCAGAUGCCGCGUGUGGUAUAUAGACAUACGCCUUCUUUGGCGGUGCACAGUACUUGGAUCUCAUUUAAUGUUGCUUUUUUUCUUGUCUCUUUGCUGUCUACGGGUUUAUUGUUUCCAAUUAUAAAAAGUCUGCUCACGCAGCAGUUGGUUUUGGGGUGAAGAUAUAAUGAGUCGUUGAUAAAUUAGAAUUCCAUGGCGGUUCCCGCUCCAGACUCCCUUUCCUUUCGUAGCCGAUCGUUCCUCUCGUCCUGUUCCUCUUUCAAUCUGGCCUCCACGUCGUCUCUGAAGCCGCC